GAUAAACUUUUUGGAAAGCGCCUCCUCCAAGCUGGCAGGUACAUCACAUCACAUAAAUCCUGGAUGAGAACUGUGCCCACUGAAAAUUGUGAUGUGGUCAUGACAUUUGCAGACACAACAGAUGAUCACACACUGCUCUGGCUGCUGAAUCAUGUACGAUUGGGAAUCCCUGAGCUAAUAAUGCAGAUCCGUCAUCACCGACAUACCCGAAUCUAUGCCUUUUUUGUUACAGCAACAUAUGAAAAUUUGCUCCGCGGUGCGGAGGAGAUUGGUCUACGUAAAAACGUUAAAGCUGAGUUUGGGGGUGGAACGCGUGCUUUUUCCUGUGAAGAGGACUAUAUUUAUCAGAACAUUGAAAAUGAGCUGAACUUUUUCACAUCUCAGGAACGUCAGAGCAUCAUCCGAUACUGGAUGGAAAACCUCCGAGCUAAACAUGGAGAAUCUCUGCACAACAUACACUUCCUAGAAGGCCAGCCAAUCAUCCCAGAACUAGCAGCCCGUGGAGUUAUCCAGCAGGUGUGUUUCCUGUUCAUGAACAGAAGAUUCUGAGCCGGCUUAUGAAAUCCUGGGUCCAAGCAGUAUGCGAGAGACAACCCCUGGAUGAAAUCUGUGAGUAUUUUGGCGUGAAGAUUGCCAUGUAUUUCUCAUGGCUAGGAUACUACACAUCAUCAUUGGUCUACCCUGCUGUCUUUGGAAUGAUGCUCUGGUUUUUCACUGAAUCUGACCAGACUAGUCGAGAUAUUUGCUGUGUGGUCUUCGCUUUCUUCAAUGUUAUUUGGGCUACUUUGUUUCUGGAAGGCUGGAAACGUAGAGGGGCUGAACUGGCAUACAAGUGGGGGACAUUGGAUACCCCUGCUGAGUUUAUUGAGGAGCCCCGACCACAGUUCAGGGGUGUCAAAAGAAUCAGUCCAGUGACAAACUGUGAAGAGUUCUACUACCCCCCAUGGAAGCGUCUUCUAUUCCAGUCGUGUGUCAGUCUACCUAUCUGCAUGUCCUGUCUCUUCUUCGUCUUCAUUGUGAUGCUUGCUUGCUUUGAGCUGCAGGAGUUUGUCCUUAGUAUAAGAGAGCUCCCACGGCUCAUUCGCUUCUUCCCCAAGAUCCUCUUGGCCAUUAUAGUUAGUUCUUGUGAUGAGGUGUACAGGAAGAUUGCCUACUGGUUAAAUGAUAUGGAAAAUUAUCGUUUACAGAGUGCCUAUGAGAAACAUUUAAUCAUCAAAAUUGUUUUAUUCCAGUUUGUAAAUUCCUAUUUGAGUCUUUUCUACAUUGGUUUCUACCUCAAAGACAUGGAAAGACUAAAAGAGCAACUGCUUGUUUUCUCUCUGCCUCAUAGCUUCACCCGUCAGAUUAAAGGCGCCCUCCUUCCUUUCCUCACCCUCCAGUUCCAACUGUUCCUCAUCUUCCUCAGGGCACUUCUCAGAUCAGCCCGGCGCUUCUUCAGGUCUAAAAUGCUAGCCACACUCUUGGUCAUACGCCAGUUUCUACAGAACGUAAAAGAGGUCUCACAACCUCACCUGUAUCAGAAAAUGCAGCAAGGAGAGAUUAAUCCUAAAUCCAUCUGGCUUAUUAUUCAGUAUGCACUAAGAAGGCUUGUGCAGAAGUAUGCUUUCCCUCAGCGGCCACCCAAGCCACCUGGAGAUCUUUUGGAGCCUGGUGUAGGAGGACGUAAGAAAUGCUUAAAUGGAGGUUGUGGUGUCCCAGAGGAGGAAGAAGAAGGUGCUUUCUCUGAGGAAGAUGAAUCAGAGGAAGAAAGUAUCAUGGAUUGUGGACUGAAAUUGAAAAGGGUUAGCUUUCUGGAAAAAGGUGAAAAGCAAGCAGAAGAGUGCCUACUAAUCCAGCAGGAGGAUGAGAUAGGCUUCUUACAAGAAGGAAGUCCUACACUUAUGGAGAAAGGCAGUGACCCAGCCUCAGUUUUCCAACUGGGGGAUGAUGAAGAAGAUGAAAAAGAACUUGUGGCAGGGCUUCAGGAAUUAGAAGAGCAGGAACCUACAGUAAAGCUGAGGCCAAGGAGAAGGAGAAAAAGGAUGACUGUGGAACCUGAGAUUAGUAGGGAAGGUGAGGAUGAUGAGCAGUUUGAGAGAAAGCAGAAACGAGAGUCAUGGAUGGACCCUCCAGAAGACCAUUAUCCUACAAAGCUGACUCAAGCUGAGGUGGAAAGUUGUAUGAAGAAGUAUGAGGAUACCUUCCAGGAUUAUCAAGAGAUGUUUGUUCAGUUUGGUUAUGUGGUCCUUUUCUCAUCUGCUUUUCCACUUGCUGCAGUAUGUGCCCUUGUCAAUAACCUCAUUGAAAUUCGCAGUGAUGCCUUCAAACUCUGCAGUGGAUUUCAGAGGCCGUUUGGUCGCCGCGUGGACGGAAUUGGACAGUGGCAAAAUGUAAUGGAGGCAAUGGGUGUAAUAGCCAUUAUUGUGAACUGUUACCUGAUUGGACAAUGCGGACAGCUUCAGAGACUGUUACCCUCACUUGGUCCUGAAUCAGCGAUUAUAGUUAUUGUUGUGCUUGAGCACUUUGCACUGCUCAUGAAGUACAUAAUACAUGUGGUGAUUCCAGAUAUUCCAGGAUGGGUAGCAGAAGAGAUGGCAAAGCUGGAUUAUCAGAGGAGGGAAGCAUUCAAGAAACAUGAGCGCCAGGCUCAACAUCGUUACCAACAACAACAACGCAGAAAGCGGGAAGAGGAAGAGAGACAGCGCCAUGCAGAUUACCAUGCACGAAAGGAGCGAGAAUCGAGGGGUGGGGAGGAAGGAAGAUCUGGACAGGACUCUCAAACACAUGACAAAAACUCAAGUAAAACCUCCAAUCUGUCUACGGAAUCACUUCUGACAUGCUGUACUUAA